AGUUCAAUAUAAAAUAAUUCUUAAACUUAAUUUCCCGAAGUAAAAUGAUAAACGCCAUUAGGUUCGGGCGUACUCCACCGCCAAUCGUGCUCACGUCACCUCUUCCGCCGCAGCUCCGCCGUAUAUGCUCGCCUGAGCUCCGAUCCCGUCAAGCGAUUGGUUUAGCCACCGCACCUGAUCAGAACUCAAACGAUAUGGAUGACUCUCAGAACAAAGCCAAGGAGACUGGAGAUAUAAUGUGUGAUUCCUUCGGGGAAGCGUAUGCGACCCGAAGCGAGGAAGAAGGAUUUGGAGGAACUUAUGGAAGGAAUCAGCCGAGUGACGACGAAACCGAUAAUAAAAAAUGGCCCUCCCACGGGAAUCAACAUGAAUAUGAUAAAAGCCAAGGGUGCGAAGUGAAGGAGAAGGAGAAGUCACGCCAUCAGGCUCAUGCAAAUUAAUUAUUCUCCCUUUGUCUAAUAUUUGUUUUUUCCCCAUCGACAAUUAUGAGGAGGAAAUGUUUGUAGGGUUUGUAAUUAUCUCUAUGCCCAAUGUGUUUUGGUUUCUCAUGGUUCUUUUAUGAGAAUUUAGGGUUGCGAUUGUCGAUUUUCUUCA